AUGGGUGCAUGUUGUUCAUGUCAAAGGGUGCGCCAUUUCGAUCAUCAAGGGAAUUAUCGUCACCAUAAUUAUAUUAAUGGUGAUGAUAAAGAAGAUAAUAAUAUUAUUGUUGAAGAUGAUCAUCAUGGUGUUGUAGGGAAAGGAGAUUUUGGUGCUAAUAUUAGGUUACAUGGAUAUUCUAAAUUUGUAUCUAUGUAUAGUCAACAAGGUAAAAAAGGGAUUAAUCAAGAUGCAAUGACUGUUUGGGAGAAUUUUGGUGGAGAGAAAGGUGCGUUUUUUUGUGGCGUAUUCGAUGGGCAUGGUCCAUUGGGUCACAAGGUGGCACGCUAUGUGCGUGAUAUGUUACCAUCAAAAAUUUCGAUAUCGUUAAAAGAGUGUGAUAUUUAUAAGAAUAAAAUUAUCGAAAACAUCGAAAAUGAUGAAGAAUUUGAUCAGAAUUUCCCAUUAUUUGAUGCAUGGAAAUCUGCAUAUCUCAAGUCCUUUAAAGAAAUGGAUGAACAACUUGGAAGUGAACCUUCAAUUGAAAGUUAUUCUAGUGGCACAACAGCUGUUACUUUAUUUAAACAGGGAGAACAUUUGUUCAUCGGAAAUUUAGGUGAUUCUAGAGCAAUUAUUUGCACUAGAGACGAGAAGAAUCAACUUGUUUCCAAACAACUCACAGUGGACCUGAAGCCUCACCUCCCAAAUGAAUAUGAAAGAAUUAAAAGUUGCAAAGGAAGAGUAAUGGCAAUGGAACAAGAACCAAAUGUGUAUAGAGUAUGGAUGCCAGAUGAAGAUUGUCCUGGCCUUGCCAUGGCUAGGGCUUUUGGUGAUUUUUGCUUGAAAGACUAUGGCCUCAUCUCUGUCCCUGAAGUUUAUUAUAGAAAACUCACUGAAAACGACGAAUUCGUCGUCUUGGCUACUGAUGGGGUAUGGGAUGUUUUAACCAACGAUGAAGUGAUUCGAAUAGUUUCUACAACAAGAAAGAGAUCAAUGGCAGCAAAAACACUAGUAGAAUGUGCAGUACGAGCCUGGAAAUACAAGUAUCCACGCGCGAAAAUUGAUGAUUGUGGCGUAGUUUGCUUGUUUUUCAAACGCCAAAAGCCUCUGUUAACAAAAUCAAUGUCUGAGGUUACUCAAUUGAGCUUCAAUUAUGCAGAAUUAACAAAUAAUCAAAAUUACCCUGAUAACACGAAAACAGAUGAUGGACUAGAUACAUUGCUUAAUUAUCAAGUCAAAGAAGGAGAUGAUCAAGAAAUUGAUCGCGGAGUUAAGGAUGGAUCGGAUAAUGAUAUCAAGAAUUCAUCGAUAGAUCAUCUACAUUAUCGAGGCCAACGAAGAAAAUCUGCGAUGAAAUUUGUGUAUCCUGAAGAUCAUCAAUAAUAUGAGGCUUGUAUACAUAUAAGUAGCCAAAAAAAGAGGCAAAACAGAGUGGUAACAGAGUAUAUUGGUGAAAAAAUAAGGGUUAUAAAAUGUUCAUCAUCGUGAAUAUCUGGUGUAUAUAACUUAAACUCUUGAGAAAAAUGUAAAGUUGAAAAUCAUCGCACAUCUAUUGAGUCAUCCCAAGACGAGACAUGAACCACUAAACAUGAAUGUAUUUUAGAGGGUGAACAAACUUCAAUCAUAUGCAUGAUUUUUAACAUCUCACGAUAUAUCGAAAAAAACGCCACGUGUACUUGGAUUGCCAUCAUAGCUAAAUAUCCCAAGUUUUUUUUCUCUUUAAACAUUCAUAAUAUGUUGUGUUCUAUUAGUGAGAAUCUAAUAAUUACUUAUCUUAUAUGUAAUGCUUUUUUUUGACCAA